AUGUUGCAAAUCAUUGCCCAUUACAAUCUCCAGUCUUGCAUCUACAUUAUGUCCCAUGACCUUGAGGCCUUUGUGGCAGCGGUGAUCCUCGUCUACUUCGCUGGAAACCUACCGAACUUCAAGGAGGCAAGCUGCUACUCCCCGAUCCCUGGCCCCGGGGAGCUCCAGUUCUGCGAGUACUUCGCGGGGGUGGGCAAUGUGUGGCGGGCGGUUUCUCGUAUUCAAAUGCUCUUGGUGGAUGCUCCCAGUUCUGGCUUGCUCAAGCCGAAGGAGGAGAUUCCAUGUGAUGCAGCUCCGAUCUCUGAACUUGCUACCCUGCCUGUCGAGGGCCAGACUGGAGAUGAGGGUGCGCACAAGCGACUUCAGCCAGAGACACACGAGAAGCUAUCCCCGGAGAAGAAAGUUCAGAAGAGCGGAGAAGUAGAGUCUGCCUUGACAGUGGCUGCGUUGGAUGAGAAGUUGAAGCGACCAGCCCCAGCAAGGGAGGAGAAGGUGUCACCGGAGGCCAAAGUUGCGAAGGCAGCCCAAGUUCAGGAGGAGGUGGACUCUCAGCCGACAGUCAAGCGCAACCUUUUCGUGGACACUCCUGCAGAGUCUCAAGCUGAGGCCCCAAAGGAACCGGCGCCAACGCCGGCGCCAGUGCCAACGCCUGUGAGGGCGCCGGCUUUGGAGGCUUUGGAGACAGCCGCGAAGGAUGUCAGCGCUCAGCCUUCGGAACCGGUGACCGAAUCCCAAAAUGCUUUGCUCCUGGUUGCCAUGCAGAGGAUUACGGAACUUGAGGCCAAGUUGAAGCAGCAGGAGGAGAAGCAAACAAAAAUGACGUCCUUCGAGACGCCUCCUCCCAAGACUCUCCAUUCAAUGACCCCUUCAUCUACAACAUCAGCCAAAACGGCCUCUGCUCCAGAUUCUCAAGCAGUACACAUGCUGUCCGCUGGCGACGAAACCAGUGAGAAGAAUGAUACUGAAACCAAUGAAGAUGGCGCAAAGGCGGAAGAGGGCAAGGACUUGCUCGAAUUUCCAAAUGGAAGCAAGCUGAUGAGCCACGAUGCUUUGAGGAUGAGACUACGAAGACUUUGUCAGAAAACCAAAAAGGGCAAGAGUCACGUCGACGAGGACACCCAGAGCGCAUAUGAGAAAGGUGGCGAGGAGCGCGAGUGGCUGGAAAUAGCUCUGAUCGAGGCGAUCUCCAAGGCUGAAUUUCGCAGCCGGGUGAUUCUGGUGCGAGAGAGAAUGACAUCAAAGGAACAGGAGAUCCUUGGACAGUGGAUGACCAGGGAGAAAAUGGAGAAGAGUGGUGACUUCAGCCCGGCUUGGAAAUAUGAUGCUUCGGUUCCGGAAUACUUUGUGGAAACGUCCACCAAGCAGACCAUCCGUCAGACCGAGCUGCUGAAGCGCCAAGAAGCUGUUGAUGCCACCGAUGACGCUUCGCAGCAUUAUGAGCCACUCCAAACCAAAGACAAUCAGCCAGUGGAACCCAUCAAGGUUGCAACCAUGAAAGCGAUCACCGAAGAGGGCUUGUCUCCAGUUCUGCCGGAGCUCGUUAAGUUCAUGGAUGCGAUUCACAACAAGAUGAUGGCUGUUCAGUCCAAUCUGGGGAAGCUUGAGAUUGAAGGUGAUGGGGCAACCAAUCCGAUGACAAAAGAGCUCAUGAAGGAUUGGGAGAAUGUCAGGCUCAAUUUGAAGGCCGUUUUCAGCAGCCUUGCGGAGCUCAAGGCGGACAUCAUGCUUGAUGAGGGCUCCACGUCAGAGAAGUUUCUCUGCCUGCAACCUUACGGGGCCUAA